AUGGCCCCAAUGAAUCACCCAGCUCCAGUGGAAGUCACAUACGGGAACAUGAGAUUUCUAAUCAUACACAACCCAACCAAUUCGACCUUACACAGAUUUAUAGAAGAAUUUAAGAAAUACGGGGUUACCACAAUGGUAAGAGUAUGUGAAACAACUUAUGACCCUGCUCUUGUGGAGCAAGAAGGCAUCCAGUUUCUGGAUUGGCCUUUUGAUGAUGGUUCAUCACCAUCCAACCAAAUUGUUGAUGACUGGUUAAGUCUUGUAGAUGUUAAGUUUCGUGAAGAACCUGGUUGUUGUAUUGCCCUUCACUGUGUUGCAGGUCUUGGGAGGACUCCGGUGCUUGUUGCCCUAGCAUUAAUUGAAAGUGGAAUGAAAAACGAAGAUGCAGUACAGUUUAUAAGAGAAAAACGGCGCGGCGCUUUUAACAGCAAGUAA